AAUACCCAUCACGAUAUCACUUCUUCUUAAUUCAGUUCCCCUUUUUCAUUUUCAUGUCUGAAACAACUCUCAUGUAAAGAACAGAUCCUAAACCUAAUCCUUUCUCGAUGAAUCCAAGCGUAAAUUUGAGAAUCAAACAAACAAUCCAUUAAAUUUGAUGCAACUUGAAAACCUAAAUCGUUAUCAUCAGUAACAUUUUUUUUCUGAAGAUUAAUCCAGGGGGAAAACUGAUGAGAUUCAAGUUCAGAAAAGUUCAUCGUUGAAAGCGAAGAACGUAAAACUAGGAUCUGGGAUUUCUAGUGAGGGUUGCACCGUCAUGGGAUUGCAUUGCCUGUAUAUAAUAUAUUCAAGGCUAUUGAGAAAAAGGAUCCCGCUCAACAGAAAGAGGCUUGUAUACUGGGCAUGUUUGUGCUUUGUUAUCUUUACCCAUCAGAACAUUGUCCUGCAUUAGCUGUUAGUCGAUAGCAAAAACUCAUUAAAUCAAACACUAUGACUGUCGAUUUCUAUGGUAAAGGCCCUUAAGAGUCCCUUGCAUAACUUCUGAAACUCUUAGGUCGAAAAAAAGAAAUUGCUAGCUAGUAAUACUUAAAUGAAGAGCAGUAAGAUCUUCUUUAAACAAUCAUGCCAAUUUCCAGCUUCUCAUGCUGCUGUUUUUCACCGACUAGUUAUAUGUUUGUGCAACAUUUGGUACUUUUAGCCUUGUGGAGAUUCUCUGACAAAAUUAUGCCCUGGUGUCUCAUGUGCUACCACAUUAAGUGUGUAUUUCUCGUGUGGCUCCAACAUCCAUCUGUUGCAGCUCUGCUGGGCAUUGAAGUUGGUUCAUACUGCUGGGCAUUGAAGUUGGUUCAUACCUCAUGUUUAUUUUCCAUUGCAAUGCUUGACACCAGUUGGUCCUUAAUUUGCUUCUCUCUUUUGAAUUGGCUUAGGCUGUAUGCAUAGAAGGACCAUAAAAUAUCGGGAUGUCUCUUUUAAGGAAACAAAGAGUGCAUGUAAUACAAAAAGAUUUUGAGAUUUUUGCAGCCAAAGUAAUGAAGAAGGAAACAUAAAAGAACAGGUCACUCAGAGUUUAAAAGUUGAAAUUAAAGUCAACAAAGCUCAGAUUUGGGACACUUCUGGUCAAAAAAAGGUCAGUUUUAUUUUCUUUCUCAUUUGGGGUUUUCAAAAUAUCUUAUACUGUGGGAAAAUGUUGGGAACUAGUCGCAAAUGUUAGUGUAUUUGUAUUUUUUCCAUUGUGCUUAAAACUAUCAAUGCAGUAUUUAGCUUAACUACUAUUGUUAUUGUAGAAAAUGUGGGAAGAAUUAAAAUCCCUAUAUUUGUCCUCAACUACAAGUUAGAUAAUUUCUAUUAUAGUUUAUUGA